AUGAAUGAUUUUAAAAUUGGGCGACAGAUCGGCAAGGGUAAAUAUGGUCGCGUAUAUCUGGCGAUUUAUAAGGCAAGUGGGUAUAUCGUCGCACUGAAAAUUCUGUUAAAACAAGAGUUGCAACAUGAAAAACUAUUGAAGCAAUUGGAACGAGAGGUUGAAAUUCAAGGCAAUCUUGAUCAUCCUAAUGUCCUCAAACUUUAUGGCUACUUCCAAGAUGAUAACCAUAUUGUAAUGAUUUUGGAAUUUGCACAAUAUGGAACGUUAUAUGAUUUUCUUAAAAAAUCGCAGCGAAUUAGUGAAGGACGAUCGGCACGGUAUGUAGCGCAAAUAGCCAGAGCCCUGCAAUUCAUUCAUCAGAAACGUAUUAUUCAUCGGGACAUUAAGCCGGAGAAUUUGUUAGUUGGACGAAAUGGUGAGCUCAAACUAGCUGAUUUCGGAUGGGCAACAUAUGCGCCGGGUUUAUCAAGUGCCCCGCUCACAACAGUUUGUGGAACUUUGGAUUAUCUUGCACCAGAAAUGGUGCGACGCCUUCCGUAUAAUGAAAAUGUUGAUGUGUGGGCCCUUGGAAUCUUAUGUUAUGAGUUGUUGGUUGGUGUGCCACCGUUUGAAGCAAUAGGCUUUCAUGAGACUUGUCGACGAAUUAUCUAG